AUGUGGAAAGUAAUCUUAGCAUUGUCCUGUGUCAUGCUUGUUUGUGACUCGGCCAGUCUUGCCGGUGUAGAGAGAGGCUGGUUGUCAGAAGUGUUUUUAGAUAAAGAUUGUUUCAAAGGACCAAUAGAUAUCGCAUUCGUGUUUGACUCCUCCUCCAGUAUCUGGUAUCAGAAUUUCACCAAAGCACAGAAGUUUGUGACGAGUUUUAUUGAUCCAUUCUAUAUUGGUCCCCACAAUGUCAGGAUUGGUAUAAUGAUGUAUGCGGACCAGGUAUAUACAGGACCUAAUGAUGUUUACUAUUUCACCAAUAACCAAAAUAAAGCUGACGUAGACAGAUUUAUCGCCGGACUGCAGUGGUACGCUGGUGAACGCACAGAAACAGGCCUGGGUAUCGAAUUUAUGAGAAAAAAUAUUAUGUCAGAAGCUCGAACUGGUGUACGUCACAUCUGUAUAGUCAUCACUGAUGGGGAAUCGCAGGAUAGCAAAAAGACUGCUGAUGAAGCUAAGCUAGCUCGUAAUGCUGGUAUACAGAUGAUGGCGGUUGGCGUCAGUGAAAGUGUCAACGAAGAAGAAUUAAAUAAAAUCGCUGGUGAUCCAAGUCAAGUUUAUAUUGUUGAAACGUAUGAUGAAUUGGAUCAAAUUAAAGAAGAUCUGUUUGGAAAAGCCUGUGAAAAAGAAAAACCCAAACCAACCAAGAAACCAUGUUGCUGUGAAGACAAAGAAAGUUGAAAUCUCUAAAAUCUCUGAUCCAAAAAUCAAAUGAAGAUAAUAUUUUUUUUAAGAAAAGAAAUUCCGUUCGUAAUACACUUAUUAAAUCGUUAUAUUGUGUGUGAUAUCCUUUCUCAAUAUUUUCAUAAACACAAUUUAUAUCUAAGUUCUUGCAUCUGUAAUCUGCAAUAUAUAAGCUUGCUUUCGUCUUUGACGGUGACGUACUUUUCUGAUUAUUUAUUAACGGUUAAGAUCGUCUCAGUAAAAUCCGCUUAUAUUUAUGUUAUUUGUGUUGAUAUACUGUUUAUUAUUAAUAAAAUAUAGAAAAAUAAUUGAAUAGUAUCAGGUUUUAUUUCAUUAUUUCAUUACUUAAUUUGAUUAUAUAACCAUUAAAAUUGAUUGUAUGGCAUUGUAGAAUGAUGGACCGGCAUAUUUACUAUAUACAAAGAAGUGGAACUUCAAUUGGUUUCUGGAAAUGGUGGUUUGGUUUUUUAAUCUAGGUCAGCUUACUAUAAGUUUCAAACAAAUUUCAGACAUGACAAUACCUUCGAAAGAAAAAAUCAUUGAUAAAAGAUAAUGUAUAAAGAUAUAAAUUGAAAUAAAAUUCUUUUAGCCUUAUAUCUUUUAAAAAUUCCAUCAGACCACAAUAAUGCAAUUUCUAAGAGAUGUCAAUCUACAGACAGACAAUUUCCUUUUGUUUUAAUUCAAUAUUGGGGCCAUUUUUAGAUUAUUUUGACGUUUUUCCCAAGAAUAUUUUUAAUAUAAUUACUUUGUGUUUAUAAAGGUGUCUGUAUUUUAAUGAAGAAAAAAGACGCUCGUGAUGAUUGUUUGUCAAGUCGUGUAAAAGUAUUUGCCUGGGACAUCUUCACAACGUCAAGCUAUUAUGAACUUCGUAAGUUAGCUUGACAUUGUGAAGAUGACCCAGGGAAGAUUUAAUACAGUUCACUUUAUUUAGAGGUAGAAUAAAAGUGAUUUGAACU